GGCCCUCCCCAGCCGCCGCCGCCGCCGCCCGUCCUCUGUCACCGCCGCCGCUCAGGCCCCGGCCGCCGCCGCCUCCCCCUCCAUGGCGGCCGCUCCCGCCGGCUGCAUUGUGGGAGCUGACCUCACUCCCUGCCGCCGCCCCGCCGCCUCCGCCGCUCGCCGCCAUGGGGGCCGUGACCGACGAUGAAGUUAUCCGCAAACGGCUUUUAAUCGAUGGCGACGGGGCUGGUGACGACAGGCGGAUCAAUUUGUUGGUGAAGAGUUUCAUUAAGUGGUGCAACUCCGGAUCUCAGGAGGAAGGUUACAGUCAAUACCAACGAAUGCUGAGUACUUUAUCACAGUGUGAAUUUUCGAUGGGAAAAACUCUUCUGGUAUAUGAUAUGAACCUGAGAGAAAUGGAAAAUUAUGAAAAAAUCUAUAAGGAUAUAGAAAAUAGUAUAGCUGCAGCACAUGAGAAGAUUUCUGAAUGCAAGAAACAAAUCCUGCAAGCAAAAAGAAUUCGAAAAAAUCGCCAGGAAUACGAUGCAUUGGCCAAAGUAAUACAGCACCAUCCAGACAGACAUGAAACACUGAAGCAGCUAGAAGCUUUGGGGAAAGAACUUCAACAUCUUUCUCACAUUAAAGAAAAUGUUGAGGAUAAGUUGGAGCUGAGAAGAAAGCAGUUUCAUGUUCUCCUGAGCACCAUCCAUGAGCUUCAGCAAACAUUGGAAAAUGAUGAAAAACUUUCAGAAGCUGAAGAAUCUCAAGAAACCCAGAUGGAAACAGAGACCAAACAGUAGAUAUAUUGUGAAAACUAUUGAUCAUACCACUGAAGAAAGUCCAAAUAUCUUUGUUUUGUGUUCAAGCCAGUAGUAAAAGAGCAGGAGCUAAAAACUUUUUCUACUGCUCCUGUGAAUUUUUAUACAAAAAUAUUUUGCUUAUGUUUUGUUUUGCUUAUGCUUCAGGUAAAAACAGUUCCAGGUCUGUACAGGCAGACACUUUGUGUUAGUCCACAAGCUUUGCAAACCAAAACACAUUUCAUGUCAAAGGGUGAAUCUUCUGUACAGUAUUUGUGAACUAAGGUGUUUGCAAAACAGUGUCAAUAAAAGGUGUUUACAAA